AUGGACAAGAAGACUGCACGAAAGAUCCUGCAAGGCCACCAGCGCCGCCAAGAAUACAACCAAGCCGACCAGACAUGCAUCGAGUCCGAGGCCGUGUCUAUCACGGCGCCCAAAGAGAAUAUUUGGAGUGGUCUAACCGAACUCGAGACCAUCUCGGUUGUUUCAUGGCUGUUUGCGCAGCCUGAGCUCAACUUGACAGCGUCGGAGAACGCAACCAUGUGGGAUAAUAAGUUGUAG